AUGCAAAUAACUAAGCAGCGUUUCUGCACCCUGCGCUCCCCAAGCACAACAGAGCCCGGGGCGGGGGCCCCGUUUCACGGCUGCUGCAGGCGGGGCAGGCACAAGUCAGUCCCCUCCCACCGCCCGGCUCUGCAGCAAGCCCGGCCCGUCGUGUUUCCCCCGGGCCGCGGGGCGGCGCAGGCGGAGGCGAAGCCGCGGCCGGGAAGCCGGGCUCAGACGCCGCGCGGUGCAGCUGCUGCUGCUGGUCCCCGGCCUGCCGGUGAAUGCGGCCCGCUGCGCCCCGCAGGCCGGCCCCGGCCCCCCGCUUCCUCCGCUCCGCUCCGCCUGCCCCCGCCCUUCCGAGCACCGGGCACCGGGGCCGACUCUCGGUUGCUGGUCCUGCGCCUCCAGCGCAGGCCACCCCCCAACGUCACCCUGGCGCUGCGUUGCUUGGAUGGCGUCUUCCUGUCCCCCAAUGAGAAUGACUUCGUGUGCAAGGUCGCCGAAGAACUGGACCAUUUUCUGCUCCAAAACCAGCAUGAGAAAGUUCUCUUGUUCCCCCCCUUGUCCAGCCGCCUCAGGUACCUGAUCCACAGGACCGUGGACAAUGUCGAUUUGUUAAGCAGCUUUUCUGUCGGGGAAGGAUGGAAGAGGAGGACUGUUAUAUGUCACUCAGUCAUAAGGUUGCCCGAGGAGCCUGCCGAUCAGAACAGUUCCUGCAGCAACACGGCAAGAUCCCACCGCCCUCUCCAGUCAAGAAGCAGGGGAGGCAGAGCCGCAAGGCCGCGCCACGCGGAGAUGCCUGCCGAUGGCUCUCAAGUCAACAGAGGUAUUGGCAGGGCUAGGCGACAGCCCCGGAGGAAGCCGGAUAAAGCUUUGUAUGUUCCCAGGGUGGUGCGUGAAAAACUGGAGGAGCUGAGAAAUGAAAGCCUGGCAGGAGCUGGAGCUGAGCCAGAUGAUGCUGUUGUGCAAGAGGCAGGGAGCUGCAUUGAAAGUGCAACUGAUGGGACCCCAGAGGAGUUAGGUAACUUUGAGGCCACUACAAAUUCCAGCAGGGUAGCAAGUCAUCUUGAUCCAGUCCCUGGCAAGGAACUUCCUGAAGUCCAGGGCCCUAAAGAGGCAUAUGAAGAACAUAUUGUGGGUGAAAUUGGUGGUGAAAAAGGUAACAAGUGUCCAGUGGACUGUUCAGAUGUCUCUGUGUUGGAGUGUUCCAGGAACCUAUCUGUAUUGGAAGGCCGGGAUAAAGACUGUUCAGAUGCCACUGUAUUGGAGUGUAGCAAAAACCUGCACCAAAUAGAAGAUCAAGAUAAAGACACCAUGGAUGCCAGUGUAUUGGAGUGUAGUGAAAACUUACAGGUCCUGGAAAACCAGGAUGAAGGCUCUACGAAUGCCACUCUAUCAGAGUGCCGCAAAAACCUAUCCCUACCAGAAGACCAGAAUAAGGAGUCUGUGGAUGCCUCCAUAUUGGAACAAAGCAAGAACUCUUCAGUACUUGAAAACCAGGAUGAGGGCUGUACAGACACCAUCGUAUUGGAGUGUAGCCAAAACCCAAGUCUCCCAGAAAACCAGAAUCAAAGAUGUAUGGAUGCCCCUGGAAUGGAGUAUGGUAAAAAACCAUCUGUACUGGCAGACCAGGAUAAGCACUGCGUGGAUACCUCUGUACUGGAUCGUGCCCAAAAGGUAUCACUACCAGAUCUGGAUGAGGACUGUACAGUCCUGGCGGGCAGACUGCAGUGUGGCUUGGAGUUGUCUGCAGAGGAUAGAGGCACCGAAAACCCUGCAGUGAAUGAGCAGAGCAGCGUAGAGGAUGACUGUGGUGCUGAACUCUUGCAAGAGAUUGCAACUUAUUUGACUGUAAAGGACAUUAGCGUCGAGAAGAUCCAGUUCGAUUAUUCCAGCUCAAUGAGGGAGAUUUUGGACAUGUUAUAGAGAUCUACGAUUUCUUGCCAUCCCUGAAAACGGAGCAUCUGAUGGAAGCAUUUUCAGAGUUCCACAAGAGUGGUUUCAAAAUUCAGUGGGUCGAUGACACUCAUGCCCUGGGUAUCUUUUCCAGUCUGGCGGCAGCAUCUCAGGCCUUGGGACAGAGUUAUUCUUCUCUAAAGAUCCGAUCCUUGAUCCAUGGGACAAGACAGUCUAAAACCAAGGCACUUCAACGACCAAAGCUCCUUCAGCUGGCUAAAGAGAGACCCCAGACUGACACUGCAGUGGCUAGAAGGCUGGUGACAAGGGCUCUGGGUUUGCAGCACAAAAAGCAGAGAGUCUCAGGUGGUGACAUGCUCCAGCCCGAGAACUUGGAGCUGGAAGAGUAAAGUGACUCAGAGCCGAAGACAAGCUUCGAAGGAGCUGGGGUGGGAUAGCAAACUGCAUGCAGAACAGUGAGUUGCCAUUAGGACACUUUGUGGAGUUUUUUUAAAUGGGUGACAGGAACAAGUUUACUGUUGUUGCUAUUUAACUCCCUUGUUGCAUUCUGGGGAAUGGGCCAUCUAGUUUUUCAAAUUAUGCCUAAUCAAUCCAGGGUACAGAGGCCACUGUAAACUAGCUCUUUACUAUGGAGAGCAUCUUAUCUUGUUCCCUAGCAGGUGUUUAUCAACACCCUGCCAAAGCAGCUCAUAGCCACUUUGGCAUGAUUGGUAGUCUCCACUCAUGGGCUGUGAUAGAUCAAGGAGGCUUUGCUGUUGUACCUAAGCACUACCUUCUUUUAAAAUGUAUAAAGCCUCUAGUAGGAGCUGCCCUAGUUUGGAGGUUGUGGGAGGGAAGAAGGGAAUACCGUUGGCCUUGAUGGUAAGCAAGAAACACAGAGCAACACAUUUGCAGGAGUCAAUAGCUGUUUAAUGUUUACUGAAGUUGUAAAGCUGACGUUUGUUUAAAAUAAAGUUAUACCACAAAACUGA